GUUACUUUACUCUUUAUUUGUUAACAUCACCAAAUUAUACGGUUUAACCAAAAUAAUCAACACGGUUAUUAUCAAUUAAAGUUCAUACAAUAGAACAUAUUUUGUUUGCUAUUCCACACACAACGAACGCAAAGAUGUCGACACGUCGCCAGGCCAUUACAUUAUAUCGGAAUUUAUUGCGUGAAUCCGAAAAGCUGCCUUCCUACAACUUCAGAAUGUAUGCUAUGCGGAAAAUACGUGACACAUUUCGUGCCAACAAGAUGAUAAAUGAUUUUAAAGAAAUCGAUCGGCAAGUAGCUAAUGCCAAGGAAAGUUUGGAAUUGAUUCGACGACAGGUAAUUAUUGGCCAUCUUUACACAACCGACAAGCUGGUUAUCGAACAGAAAAAGACAUUGCGGCCAUCAGAUGACUGAGAAUUUAUCAUCGCUAUCACAUGAACAGAGAAAUACAUACAUACACACACACAUAUAUAUACAUACCACAAGCACGGCAUAAGGCAGCUGGGACAAUAGCAGCGAAAGACUCGUUAAAAUUUGAUUGUUUUUGUUGUUGUUGUUUUUGUUAAUGUGCAAUUUAGUUGCCGCCAAAAGAAAUCAAAGCACUGGAGAUUUUUAGAAAAACACACCAGUUUAAUAAUAUAUAUUAAUUAAAAUGAAACUAAUUAAAUAUUGUACAAUUAA